ACCAAAAAAACAAACUUCAACGGCACGCUUUCUCCUCUGAAAUCUCUCCGACAAAACUUGUUCAAUCUACCUUUUACCAUACUUCAGUGUUUUAAGAUAAAAUCUGUCGUGAUGUCGAAGAACAAGGGCUUAGCUGAACAAGAUCUAAGUAAACUUGAUGUAGCUCAGCUACAUCCUCUCUCUCCUGAGGUCAUCUCUCGUCAAGCCACCAUUAACAUAGGAACUAUUGGCCAUGUCGCUCACGGGAAAUCGACAAUCGUGAAAGCCGUUUCCGGUGUGCAUACUGUCAAAUUUAAGAGUGAACUGGAGCGUAACAUUACCAUUAAACUUGGUUAUGCAAACGCAAAGAUUUACAAAUGUGAAAAAUGCCCUAGACCAGUAGCCUACAAGUCUUUCGGGAGUGGCAAAGAAGACUGUCCAACUUGUGAUGUCUCUGGACAUGAGAUGUGCAAGAUGAAACUACUGAGACAUGUCUCAUUUGUCGAUUGCCCGGGACAUGAUAUUCUGAUGGCGACAAUGUUGAAUGGAGCAGCAAUUAUGGAUGGUGCUCUACUAAUUAUUGCUGCGAAUGAGACAUGUCCACAACCACAAACUGCUGAGCAUCUUGCUUCUGUUGAUAUGAUGCACCUUAAAGAUAUCAUAAUCAUUCAGAACAAGAUUGAUCUCAUCCAAGAAAACGAGGCUAGGAGACAGCACGAGGACAUUCAGAGAUUUAUAACGAACACAAAUGCGGAAGGUGCUCCUAUAGUUCCUGUCUCAGCGCAACUGAAAUACAACAUCGAUGUUUUGUGUGAGUACAUUGUCAAGAAGAUUCCAAUCCCUGAAAGGGAUUUUGUGUCACCUCCAAGGAUGAUUGUGAUUCGUUCUUUUGAUGUCAAUAAACCUGGCUCUGACUAUAAUGAUAUGAAAGGUGGAGUCGCAGGUGGAAGUAUCCUCCAGGGUGUUUUGAAAGUGGGGCAUAUAAUAGAGAUUAGACCUGGAAUCACUGGCAAAGAUGAGCAUGGAGACACUAAAUGCACUCCCAUCUACACGCGUAUAACUUCAUUGUACGCGGAACAGAACGAGCUUCAGUUUGCUGUCCCGGGAGGUCUAAUUGGGAUUGGGACAAGCAUGGAUCCUACGCUUACGCGUGGUGAUAGGUUAGUUGGUCAAGUCCUUGGUGAGAUAGGUACUCUCCCUGAUGUCUAUGUUGAGCUUGAAGUGAGUUUCCAGCUUCUGACCCGUCUCAUUGGAGUAAAGACAAAGGAAACAGAGAGGCAAAUGAGAGUGUCAAAGCUAAUCAAGGGAGAGGUACUGAUGUUGAAUAUCGGAUCGAUGUCGACGGGAGCUAUGGUUAUUGGAGUAAAGAAAGAUAUGAUGAAAGUGAAACUGACACUCCCUGUAUGCACCAACAUAGGAGAGAAAGUGGCUAUAAGUCGCCGUGUUGAUAGGCAUUGGCGUUUGAUCGGUCGCGCAAGCUUCUUCUCUGUUUCGACAAAGACCAGGAGGAACACUUGUAAAGCCAAAUCAUGGAAUCUUGGUCUUGUUAUCAACUCUAGAAGCUCUGAGGCUUCGGUUUUUGAUCCGCUGGGGAUCAAUCCAGAUGAAACUUCUGGUUUAAGUAACAUUUGGGAAAGCUUUGUUAGUAUUUUGUCUCCAACAUAUGAAAGCUCAUCCGGUAGCAAACGAGAUAAGCCGUCUUCUGGUCGGGGUGUGGCAGCUGCUAUUGAGGAUAGUUCCAUUGAUUUUGGAGAUUUCUUCAAAGGACCAUUGCCGGGGAAGUUUCUGAAGCUUCUUGGAUUUUUAGCUCUCUCUCGGCUUGGAAUAUAUAUACCACUCGGCGGGGUUAAUCGAGAAGCUUUUGUUGGCAAUUUGGAUCAGAAUAGCAUUUUGAGCACUUUGGAUACAUUUUCUGGUGGAGGCAUUGGUAGACUUGGUAUAUGUUCUCUUGGGAUUGUUCCUUUCAUCAACGCGCAGAUUGUGUUUCAGCUUCUUGCUCAAGUCUAUCCAAAGUUGCAAGAUCUUCAGAAAAAAGAAGGUGAAGCCGGUAGAAAAAAGAUUCUUCAGUACACUAGAUACGCUUCUGUCGGUUUUGCAAUAGUACAAGCAAUCGGACAAGUGUUUUACCUUCGUCCUUACGUUAAUGACUUCAGCACGGAAUGGGUUAUUUCUUCUGUUACGUUAUUAACGCUUGGUUCUGUUCUCACUACAUAUAUUGGAGAGAGAAUUUCUGAUCUUAAACUUGGAAAUGGCACUUCCCUUUUAAUCUUCACAAGUAUCAUCUCUUACUUGCCUGCAUCAUUCGGUAGAACAGCAGCAGAGGCCUUACAGGAAGGAAACUAUACUGGUCUUGCCACCAUCGUUGUUUCAUUUCUCCUCUUGGUACUCGGGAUUGUGUAUGUUCAGGAAGCAGAGAGAAAAAUUCCGCUCAAUUAUGCCUCGAGAUACACCAGCAAAGCCGGCGGGCUUCAGAAAUCUGCUUAUCUUCCAUUCAAGGUCAAUAGUGCUGGAGUGAUGCCUAUCAUAUUCUCCACAUCAUCUCUUGCUCUUCCUGCUACUCUAGCACGAUUUACCGGCAUAUCUGCUCUGAAGAAUGUUGCUUUUGCUUUAAACCCUGGAGGUUCUUUCUAUCUUCCAACCAAUAUACUUCUCAUAGCUUUCUUCAACUACUACUACACUUUCUUGCAACUUGACCCGGACGAUGUGAGUGAACAAUUAAAACGCCAAGGUGCAUCAAUCCCUCUAGUCCGACCUGGUAAAAGCACUGCUCUCUUCAUCAAAACAGUCCUUGGUCGAAUAUCGGUUCUUGGUUCUGCAUUUCUGGCUGUUCUAGCUGCUGGUCCCGCUGUAGUCGAACAGAUCACUCACUUGACAGCAUUCAGAGGAUUUGCAGGCACUUCUGUUCUGAUCCUUGUCGGGUGUGCGACAGAUACUGCAAGAAAGGUUCAAGCAGAGAUAAUCUCGCAAAAGUACAAGAACAUUGAGUUUUACGAGCUUGACAAGUAUGAUCCAUGAACUGGUACCACCUCCUGUUUUACAUAUGAUACCAUCGAAUCAAGUUACUGUGUUCUCUUGUCAUAGAUUCAAACUAUGUAACAAAUGUUUUAACUUUGAUUAGUAUAUAAAAGUUAAACUAUGCA